UCCCUCAGACAACUUCUCACCUACCUUCCACUUUCAACCCUUUAAUUAGAACCAACCUUCGACAGGCCAUUUACAUCCACUUGGAUCCUUCAUCUACUACAUACCUUUUAUAAAAACCCACUCAAGAAUUUAAACACAUAUACCCUUUCACCGACUCAAAUAAUCCACCAACCUCUUCAGACAAACACCCACUUUCGUCGACUUCCUACCAACCAAUCCUAACAAGAUGCAAUUCAACACUCUCUGUCUCUCCGUUUCGGCCGCGAUCUUCACCUUAAGCACUGUCCUAGCUGUCCCCACGCCCACUAUAGGCCUUGGCCUUGGUGGUGGUAUCGGACUCGGAAUCGGAGGCGGACUUGGAGGCGGUUAUGGCGGAGGCUAUGGCGGAGGUUACGGCGGAGGUUACGGCGGAGGUUACGGCGGAGGUUACGGUGGAGGCUAUGGAGGAGGUCUUGGAUAUGGCGGCGGCCUCGGUUAUGGAGGUGGCCUCGGAUAUGGCGGCGGCCUCGGAUACGGCGGUGGCUAUGGCGGCGGCCUCGGAUACGGUGGUGGCCUUGGAUAUGGUGGAGGACUCGGAUAUGGAGGUGGUCUCGGAUACGGAGGAGGCUACUAGUUGGUCCACUUCCCCUCUGGUCUUUCCCAACUACAACAGUGAUAUCACUGUGGUCUCCAUCCUUCCCCUAUCCUUCUCCUGCUACUUCCUUCCUUUCUAAUUCUUGACUUGGGCAUUCGGAUUCUACUCAACAUUUGUUCAUAUAUAAUCUCUUCAUUUUUUGCACUUUUAUUAUUAUUAUUAAAUAAAUGUACUUAUUGUCAUGAAAAUAAGAAUAAUUCAGGAGGGUCUUCUCAUAAUCAAUCGUCUCCGUCAUUGUAAACAGGCAUGGCAUUUCGACUGGUUUCCAAAUGUUGAAUAACAUAUAUCACUCUUGAUCGCGAAAAUUUUCGAUCCCACA